AUGAAAUGUUUUAGUCGUCAAGGUUUCGUCAGCAUUCUGUAUCCAGCUUCGUUGAGACUCGAUUUGUUCGCUCAUCCCUCCCCACCCUCCGACCCCUCCCCUGUUCUCAAUCCGCAUUUGAACUUUCAGCUCCAGGGCAUCUCAUUUGAGAACGAUGCUAAAGAGCAGAUCUCGGCGUAUCGCGACCGUCGAUUCCGCGGCACGCAGGAGGAGUUCGAGCAGGCGCUGAAGGCAUCUACCACGGUUUACGUGGGUAACUUGUCGUUUUACACCACGGAGGAGCAGAUCUACGAGGUGUUUUCCAAGGCGGGCGAGAUCCGACGCAUUGUAAUGGGACUCGAUAAGAAUACAAUGACGCCCUGCGGCUUCUGCUUCGUUGCGUACUACGUGAGGGAGGACGCGGAGGACGCGGUCAAGUACGUCAGCAGCACGAUCCUGGACGACCGGCCAAUCAGAGUGGACUUUGACUGGGGCUACGAGGACGGGCGGCAGUGGGGGCGGGGGAGAAGCGGAGGGCAAGGUGUGCCUGAAGGGGAGGGGGGGUUAAGGGGGGGGGGGGGGGGGAGGGGGGGGCGGGGGAGGAGUGGAGGGCAUGUCAGGGGGGGCGGGGGAGGAGUGGAGGGCAAGUCAGGGGGGGCGGGGGAGGAGUAUCGAACCGACUAUGACCCAGAUAUGGGGGUACGGCAAGCUGGAGGGUAUGGCAAGCUAGUACAGAAGGAGAUAUCAGCCAUUCAGCAGUACGGAGCGCCGCUCUUCAUGCCGGGAGAGGGGGGGAGUCCGGGAGGCAUGCCCCCCUCCUUUGGCCACUCGCCCUCUGUGCCCCGGCAGCCCAUGAGUCACCGCAUGCAGCAGCGACUGGGCAAUCAACAGGGACCGAGGCGGGCACAGCGCUACUCAAGGGAUGACAGGCAGAAGGGCGGCUACAGAGAUGGGGGUGGGGGAGGAGGCGGUGGGAUGCGCAAGAGAGGGAGAGACGACGACGAGCAGAUGGAAGAAGCAGGGAGGGAGGGACGGGGGGGCAGGGAAGAGGGAGGGGAGAGGCGAGGGGGAGGAAGGGACGGAGGGGGGCGAGCUCGGUUCAGGGAGAGGGGGGAUGAUUCGGACGACGAGGGGGACAAGGCAUGA